UCGCUCGCGCCGUGGAAUGGCAGUGGCACCAACGCGAAGAACCAAAAGAAAACAAAAACAUGACCGUAACCUCAAAGCCAAAAUACAUCGCAAAUUCGCCAAUUCUUCCAUAAAAUGUCCUCGAAACUGGAAAUCCAGUGGACCCCCAUCACCAACAAAUUUAUCACGUGGGGUUCCGAAAUUUGCUUGUACGAGGUGCACCAAGACCGCGAUAACGUUUUGCAAAAUAUUAAGCUAUCAAGCACGACUUCCGCCAAUUUACUGGCGACAAACACCAACCACCACUACGUUAAAUGCCUGGAUGUUUACCCAAAAUCCGAUGCCGAUUUGUUGCUAGCUGUGGGUUUAUCAAAUGGACGAAUAUCACUGUCGACAUUCGGCCCCACGGAGUAUGACGCCUUGGGGUUGACUGGGAAAGAACUGGUGCCGAGACAUGCAAGGCAGUGUAAUGCCGUGUGCUGGAACACAAUUGAGACUAGUUGGGUGGCUGCCGGGUUAGACAAGUACAGAGCGGACAAUUCCGUUCUCAUUUGGGACAUUAUGAAGUCGUCCCAAAACAACGAAAGCAAUUCGGGAAGGAUGGCGGUUAACACCAUGGCCCCAGGGGUGGAGCUCGCAAAACCCAUAGCCGAAUUUGGGGUUUCCGAAACCGCCCACAGCAUGGCCUGGUUCAGCAGCAACAGCAAGGUGAUUGCUGUCGGGAUGAACUUGAAAAAUAUCAAGUUUGUCGACAUCAGAGAUCCUAACAAAAUCACAAAUUCUACGCUAACCAAGGCCGUUUUUGGCGUUUGCAUGGACCCGAACGACGACCGGCAUUUGGCGUCAUUUUUCGAGAAUAAUAUUUACGUUUGGGAUACGAGAAAUUUCGAAAAACCCAUCCUGACGCUGCACCAGAACAAGCCUGUGAUCAAAAUUGCCUGGUGCCCCACAAAGUACAAUCUUUUGGGGUCUUUGCAAAAAGAGAGCUCCGUGAUUAACUUAUACGACAUACAGCACACUGUAAUCGGGAACGAGGAAGUGGAACCGUCCGUUUUGGAGCGGGACGUGGUCCCGGGAUCCCCCCACAACAUAAUGUCAUUUUCGUGGCACAACUCCGACGAGAACCGAUUUCUGACGAUAGCAUUGUCGGGGACCAUAACAGACUACACAGUUUUCGACAGAAUAACCCUCAACUGGGCCCCCACGUCCAACGUGGUGUGGACUUACGGACGCAAAACCAUGAAGUACAUCAACGACUGUCCCCUGCAGGACAUCUCGACCAAAAUCCGACAAAGGGCGCUGUCCGGCUACGGCUUAAAAGCAGAGAUUUACAAAAACGGCGAAGUUGUGGACAACGAAAUGCUGGCAAACGUGUGGAACUGGCUGUUUUUGAGCGGGAAGUUGGUGGAAGACGGGGUUUUGACCGGAACACAGUGCAAACACCCGGGGGUGCAAGCGGUUUUAAAACUUGACCCCAGUAACAACAAGUCUGAUCACUAUUCCUUGCUGUGGUCCGAUCUGGGGAACAAAAACUGCCAAGGAGUUGUCCGAAUUUUCAAGCACGAGGACCGGGACAAGGCGUUGCAUUUGUGCAGUUGGCAUUUUGAGAGAGAUUCAAACCAGCUGACCGCCUUUUUGGAGCAGCUUGAAAAAGAAGGGGCGCACACAAGAGCUGCAGCGAUCGCGGUUUUUAGUUUAAAAAUCCGGCUCGCGAUUGAAAUUUUGAGUCGGGCUCCGGAAACCCUGGCCUUCGGGUUGGGGCUAAAUGUUGUAGCAAUGGCACUUGCGGGGUUCACCGACGAUAAGAAUAGUGUCUGGAAACAGUUCUGUUCGACGGCGAAGCAAAAACUGUCCGAUCCGUAUUUGAAAGUGAUUUUUAGUUUCUUGACUGCUGAGAAUUACAAUUUCGAGAGCGUUUUGAACGAGAGUGGGGUAACAGUCGACGAUCGAGUCGCUUUUGCUUGCAUGUUUUUGCCCGACAACCGACUGCACGACUAUUUAAAGAAAUUGUCAGAUAAGUUGAUAGAAGAGGGGAAUUUGGACGGUUUAUUGCUCACAGGAACAAACCAGGACGGGAUUAAGUUGUUGCAAAGAUAUUUGGACGCCACUGGUGAUAUCCAAUCGACUGCUCUCAUAGCCGUCCGUGCUUUUCCCGUGGAACAAUUCUCCGAAGUUAUCAAAGUCUGGAUCUCGAGUUACCGCAACCUGCUUGAUACUUGGCAGUUGUGGAACGAACGAGCCCACUUUGACAUCAUGUUGAGUACUUACUGCCCCGCCGACAAGCCCCCACAGCAAGUGUACGUUUCGUGCAAUUACUGCGGCAAGACCAUCUCGGCCUACAUGUACGGGCUCACCAGGGGGCGGGGCCCCUUCACUCGCAUUGGCGGCACCGCCAACAAACUCAAGAUGUCGUCAUGCCCCGGUUGUCGGAAACCGCUGCCGCGGUGUGCGAUAUGUCUCAUGCAUAUGGGCACCACCACAGGGAAUUUCAGCAACGAGGUCGAUAGUAAUAAAAUUAUUGAAUUUUCCAACUGGUUCACGUGGUGUCAGACGUGCAGGCAUGGCGGGCACGUGUCUCACAUGACCCACUGGUUUGACGAGCAUUCGGAAUGUCCUGUGACCGCCUGCACUUGCAAAUGCUUUUCUGUUGAUUCGCUCAGCAAUGCGAUUAUUAAGUGAAUUGUGAUAUUUUAGCUAAGAUUUACGGUACUUUAAGAAUUUGAUUUUUGUUAAAUAUAUACACCCAACCAACGUUUUUGUGAAUAAACGUGUUUUCGAAAACCUUUAAA